AUGAUUAUUACUCAUCCUAAUUCCGGUGUAAAUCCAGUAUUAGUCUAUGAACGUAAAGGAUCUGGUCAAUGUACAGCUAAAGUAUCAGUUAUUAUUGUUUCAUUAUUAUAUGAUUUUAUUCAAACACAUCCGAAAUUAAUUGAACUUUGCGAUAUUGAACCAAGUUUAUGUUCAUCAUCAUCUCUUUAUAAACUUGAAUCUUCAACAAUUUCAUGGAAAACUUGUCGAUUACAAAUAAAUCCAAAUGAUAAACCUCGAUUUAUAUAUUACGCUGAAUUAUCACUUCUUAAUAUUCAAUGUUCAACAAAAGCAAAUACACGUAUUCAUUUAGGUGAUGAAUUAUAUUCACUUAAAUUUCUGAUUAAAAUUCGUUUAAAUCUAAGUGAAUAUAAUUUUUCAAAAUAUUAUCAAGUUCCAUUCGAAUCAUUAACAUUUGCUAUUACUUCUCAUAAUAAUCAUAUUCCAAAUAUGUUAACAAGAGUCAUAUUAAGUGAUAUUCGCCGAUUUUCACAGCGUUCAUUGACUGAUAUUCAACCAGUAUCAAAUUUUAUAUUACGUUAUUUUUGUCAUCGAACAGGUGUUCUACCUGAUCAAUAUCUUAAGAUUUAUCUUGAACAAGAAUUAAACAAAGCAAAGAAUGAAAGAAAAAAUUUUCAAACAAUGGAAGAUAUUUUUAUGGAUUUUCUUGUACCAUUUGUUAAUCAAGUAGAAUUUAUUGCUAAACAUCCAAUUCUUGCUAUGUUUUAUGCUGAUGGUCUUUGUCUUGGUAUUUGUAAUAGUGCACGAGCAGCUGAAAUUAUGAGAAAAUUAACUGAUAUUGAUUCACCAAUAGUUGGUAUUCGUUUGAAUUCUAUUAAAGUUGAUUAUAAAGCUAUUGCAUCAACAGUAUCUGCAUCUAAAUCAAUCAAAGCAACUUCAUGUGCUGUUCGUGUGGAUAUUUAUAAUGAUCGUACAAAGAAAUUGCAAUAUCGUACAUUUAAUUCUUCGAUACUUGCCCUUGACAUAAGGAAAUUUGUAACUACUGCUUAUACAGAAAAUGGUAAUCAUAUACGAAUUUUAUCGAAUCUCAACGAUUCAAUAAACGUGAAAAAUUAUAAAUCAUUUAAAGACUUUGAUAAAUAUUAUAGUGAACGAUUAACUAAAAUUUAUCAAAUUAAUGAAGAUUAUAAACUCAUCACUAAUAUUCUUAAUAAUGUUGAGGAUGGAGAUGAUGAUGAUGAUGAUGACAAUCAUCAAGGUAUUAAAAGUCCAAAUUCAAAUUUAUGUGAAAUGUUUCCAGAAAAUCUACUUCCUCCACCAUCUGCAGCAACAUAUAAUAAUGAAUAUUGUUCUAAUGUAACUACUAUUUAUGAUGACAUUUCUAAGGUUAACACUCAAUCGAAUACUAAUCAAACGACAGUACAAAAUAUUCUUUCAACAUCUUCUCAGCAAUCAUUUCAACAUAUAAAUAAUCAAGAUAUGAUUGAAUAUGUUCUUUCUCAACCUGAAAUCAUUCAAGAACUUUUACAUCGACUUGGUGUUCUUCAAAUAUCAUCUACAAUAUUGCCAACACCACAAGAACAAGGUUAUCAAAAUCUACAUCUACAACAAUCAUUACCAACAUCAUUUCAAAUGCAAUCAUCAUAUCAGCAACCAUCAUUACAAAUGCAAUAUCAACAAUCACAACAGCAACUAUAUAAUCAACAAUAUUUUCAACAAUUAACACCUUUUUCUUCAAUGGGCAAUCAAUUGAAUAAUCAAUAUCAAAAUUUUUCAAACAAUAGUAUACAAAUGUCUCCACAACAAUGUCUACCAGAAAUUGUUAAUGAAGAUCUUUUCGCUGAAUUAAUUCCAGAUUCUCAUCAAUUUCAAACAAUAGAUCAAGUAAAUUAA